AUGAAGGCAGAUCAGAUAAUUAGUAAUGGAUAUCCAGUAGAAACAUAUGAAGUUGAAACCAAAGACCAUUACAUGGUAGGUUUGGAACGAAUACCAUAUAGUAAAAAUGGAAAUAAAACGAUUGGCAAGCCUAUAAUUCUGUUGCACGGCUUGUAUGGGACGUCAAUGUAUUACACACUUAACAAUAUAUCUCUCAGUUUCAUAUUAUCUGAUGCUGGUUUCGACGUUUGGCUACUCAAUUUUCGCCUUGCUGGAAUUUCCAAAUAUAUCAAGAAUCCAAGAACCGGCCUGGUAACUCCGUUGAGAAAUGUGUCUUGGGAUUUUAGCUUUGACGAAUUGGGAAUAUACGAUACGACAGCCGGCAUUGAUUUUAUCUUAAACAAAACUGGAUAUUCUACAAUACACAUGGGUGGUUAUUCCUUCGGAGCUACCAUAUGCCUUGUUGCAUUAGCCGAAAGGCCGGAAUACAACAAAAAGAUCGACAAAUUAGUGUUGAUUGUGCCAACGGCCAGGAUGAAGUACUACGAUCGAAGGCUUAUCAUUCUAAAGAUAUUCCCCUAUUUGUUCCAUAGACCUUUGAGAGGUAGGGGAUACGUACCUAAGAUGAAAAACCCAGACGAUCAAUGGCUAGGACGUGCAUGUAAAGAGAAGAAAUACAUGAAACUAUUUUGUCUUUAUAUAAUGACCCAAGUACAAGGCAAUCUUCUACCAAUAAAUUACAACACCAUUGAAAUCUUGAGAACAUAUCCUCAGCCAACAUCUGUUAAAGUUAUGACUCAUUAUUACCAACUAAUACUCCAAGAGUACUUCCGAAAGUAUGAUUAUGGAAAAAUUGGAAAUAUGAAGCACUACAACUCCAGUACUCCACCUGAUUAUGAUUUAUCUAAAGUGACAGCAGCGACAUAUGUUUAUCAAUCAAAACACGAUAUCUUUGCUACACCCAAGGAUGUAAAAUGGUUAGUAGACCGACUGCCCAACGUCAAGAAUGUUACAAUGGUGAAGAAAUUCAGUCACAUGUCGUUCGCUAUAAGUCCAUAUGCUAAACCUAUUAACCUUUUAAUUGUUAAACAUUUGCUG